AUGGGUGUUACUUCGCUAUGGGAUAUUAUAGGCCCUAGUGCUAGACCCGUACGACUUGAGGCACUCAGCAGAAAAAGGCUUGCGGUGGACGCUUCUAUCUGGAUUUACCAGUUCUUGAAGGCGGUGCGUGAUAAGGAUGGUCGCGCGAUGAAGAACGCCCAUAUUGUGGGGUUUUUCCGGCGAAUUUGCAAGUUACUCUACUUUGGAAUCCUCCCGGUGUUUGUUUUUGAUGGUGCCGUACAUCCUUUGAAAAAGAAAACCAUUCUGGAGAGAAAGAACCGGCGGGAGGGACAGCGAGCCAAUGCUAAAACUACCGCUGAGAAAUUGCUCGCAAUUCAGCUUCAGAAGUUGGCCGAGAAGAAUUACAUUCUCAAGAGUCCACAAAAAAAUAAAACGUCUCUGAAAAAAGAAGUUUCUAUGCAUCCUAUCCCUUACAGGGAUACAGCCCCCAUGGUGUACUUUGAAGACUUGGUGAACCACCAAAAACAGGAAAAUGCCAAUUCUCAUUUACCGACAGAUGAAGAGCCUCCAAAUAUGGACUUGAAGAAGCCUUUCCGAAAGGUCGACGAGUACCAGUUGCCUGAGAUUGAUGGGUUUCGAACCUCUCUGAGCGACACACGUGUCUUGACAGAGCAGGAGUAUACCGAGCUCACCGCCGUCCUUGACGACCACAUCGAUGGUAUUGAUCUUCGCACGGUUGAUCCAUCCUCACAAGAGUUUGCCGAAUUGCGCUUGGAAACACAGUACAUGAUCUUGUCGAACCUCCGGAUAAGAUCCAGACUCAGGAUGGGCUUCUCCAAAACCCAGUUAGAAACGCUUUUCCCCAAUAGUAUGGAUUUUAGCAGGUUCCAGAUCCAAAUGGUCCAGAAGCGGAACUACCUUACUCAGAGGCUCAUGAGUGCCGCGGGGAUGGACAGCGGUGUGGCCGCCGAUGGGACCCAAAGCCGCAGGAUUGCCGGUGAAAAAGACCGCAGCUACAUGUUGCACCGAGUGGAUAACGGGUACGCAUUGUCUAUUGACUCCGAAGCCGGCACAUCUACCGGAAACGCCAUCGUCUUGGAUGAGGUGAAGGAAGAGGAAGAAGAAAGCGAUAUUGACUGGGAGGAUGUUCCCACUGAACCGGGGCCUCAAAAGCCCGCUACUGAUCUUUUUGAUAGUGGCUCUAACCUUUUGGAUGCCAAUUCUGGUUCCCUUUAUGCUCUGUCAAAUCCCGUUCUUGACGCAUUUCACGACGUUGAUGCGCAACUUCAUAGGAGAAGAUUGUACCAGCAGGACCUUGAGCUAUCUGCCACGCUUCUUCAAUCCGAAGUUGAGGCCAUUGACAAAGUUGAAAUGGAACAUGUCAUUGAACUAUCAAAACAAGACUUGCUCAGGAAGCUGUCAAAACUGCAGAUGCUCAAAUCCGAUGCUUUUGAGUUGGUGGCUCAACCAGUUGUGCUUCAGGGCGAUCUGAAAUGCGAUCCUGCUCCAGCGUUUUCGUUUGGGGCAUCCUCUUUGUUUGGAUCUAGACCGACGUUGGCUGUACCGAAAACGGAUUUUGAGAUCCCACAGCUGUCGACUGAUGCGAAUGAAAAGCCGACCCCUACAACGCCUCAUAGGAACGUUGCUGAUAAACCUGUUAAAGCACCACCCCCUACCAUGCCUUCUUGGUUUGAUAAUUCUCUAUCUUUUAAUCCGUAUUCUGAUUACAAUAUGACUGUCGCAGACAAACCACAGCUAUCUGAGACAGCAGACGAACUUGCGGGUCUCGUAUCGUGGGAGAAAGUCGAGAGCUACUUGAACGACGAGCGGAACCAUAGGGAUUUCCGAGACGGAGAACUCCAUAGAAACAUAAAGAGUGAGUCCGUAAAGGGGGCAUCGAAUACGCAGUUGCAAAUUGCGCAGUCUAAUUAUGAAACCAUCGCUAGGGCCACGGCUACGGAUAUGCCCAUCCCAAUCGACGAAAGAGGGAGAAAACAAGAAGACUCCAUCAAAGCUACCGAACAUUUACUAAAUAGGCCCGAAUCUACGGACAUCAAAGUAAAUACAGAUACCCCCCAGAAUGUAUCCACUACCAUCUCCUCACCCCUGGUUCCUGAUUCGGCCGAUUUUGAUUACGAAUUCUCUGAUAACGAGCUUAUGGACCUUGAGGUACAGCUCCAAAACGAAGAAGCGGCAUAUGACACCUUCCGAACCACUUUAAACCCCAAUACCUCCACCAUAUCCAGCACAGCAAUCACAAACCUCGAUCUUUUGCACGAACAACGCAAGGCGCAACUCCGCGACUCUGAUUCGCCGACACAAACAAUGAUUCUUGACGUCCAAGAGCUUCUCAUGCGGUUUGGGAUUCCAUUUAUCACUGCGCCUACCGAGGCUGAAUCUCAGUGUUGCGAGCUAUUGAAGUUGGGUCUUGUGGAUGGGAUCGUCACGGACGAUAGCGAUGUGUUUCUCUUCGGCGGCGACACCGUUUACCGGAACAUGUUCUCCGAUGGUAAGUAUGUGGAAUGCUACUUCAUGUCUGAUAUUGAGCGUGAUGUGGGGCUAACCCAAGCCAAUUUGAUCAAUCUUGCGCUCCUCUUGGGUAGUGAUUACACAGAAGGACUCAAGGGCGUGGGGAAAGUUAUGGCGAUGGAGAUUCUUGCGGAGUUUGCGUCCACCGGCGAAGGAGAUGAUACUGGUCCACUUGUGAACUUCCGCAACUGGUGGAGGGAUAUCCAGAACGGACGCCAAGUGGAGGAUGAACCUACGGUGAUUCGCAAGAAAUUGAAGAAGGUAUUCCAGAAGCUGCAUUUGCAUCUUACUGAUAGCUUUCCACCAAAGGAGGUGGCCCAGGCCUAUCUUUUUCCCGAAGUGGACCAUGAUAAAGCCGCGUUCAAGUGGGGGACGCCGGAUCUUGACCGCUUGCGGACCUUUUUGAUGUACAACGCCGGCUGGAGCCAGGCCAAAGUGGAUGAAGUGCUCGUUCCGUUGAUCAAGGACAUUAAUAAGAAGAAGACCGAAGGUGUACAGAGCACGUUGGGGGAGUUCUAUCCGCGAGAGGUUAUUUCGCGCAAGGAAAUCAGCAGGGGAAAGAGAUUAAAGCAGGCCACGGAUAAGUUGAGCAAGAAGCAGAAAAAGAGCUAG